AACAACAAUAUCAAUAACUACACUACCACGGGAAUAACGAAUACGACGACGUCGACCGCCAGCAUUACGAAUGCGAGAAUGAGGGCUGCGGCGAUGGACGAGGAGCGACUGGGCCCGGAGAUAGGAGACGAGUCCGCCAGACUACCCUCGACAAUCAUACUCAGCGAUAACGAGAGGCAGCAGUUGCAGGAACAAGUGGCGCUGGUUGUGGACACCCAGCUGCGAGCGAUGGCCGUCUCGACGACGGUGACGUCGACGAACGCGUCGAUGCGGGCGCAGCAUGACACAGCCCCCUCCACGGCUACCUCGACCGGUACGCGAUCUGCCGGCGAGAGUUUCGACGACGUCAACGGCAAAGACCGGCUAAAGCCCUUCAUUCGAACAUGCGCGAAAUUCGAAAGUGGCAGCGGUAGCGGCGACCAGGACGGCAUGAUCUCGAUGGAGGACCGGGUGGACAUAGCGGCGAAGAAGCGCAAGACCCGCCGCGGCAAGCCCAAGCACCGCAAGCUCAAGCCCUACUCGAAGCAGCAGCUUUCCUAUCAACAACGUCUGCGUUGUCGCGCUUCGGGCCGACCGACCAAGACGGGCCGCCAGCCCCCCGCCCCCUACAACACCACGCAGUUCCUCAUGGAGGACCACAACGACCUGCCGGACCUCGACGAGAAGAUCGCCGGUGCGGCGAGCAGUGGAGGUGGCGGUGGCACGGGUGGGAUUGUGGGCGGGGCCGGUGGCGGGGGCGGGGGCAUGGGAACGGCCGCGGCCGAGGUCCACAGACACUUCACGAGGCCGAUUGCCCUGCCGCGUACGAGGGACUCGAGCUUCAGCGUCGACAGCGACGAGGCCUACUUCUAUUCCUCGCCCGAGGACGAGGAGGAGUUCCUCACCAAGGAGUUUUCGAGCGCUUACGAGGACUUGCACGUGGAGCGACUGAGCGCCCUCACCAAGACGGAGCUCAUUCAGGAGUACACGCAGCUUGAGACCAAGGUCGACCUACUGACCAAGUGGUUGCGUAGCAAGAGCACGAGUGGCGGCCAGGCGGAGGUCAUGGAACGCGAGUCCGCUCCCAGCGUCGAUCCCAAGGACUCGGAAAUGGCCAAGAAGCUAAAGAUCUUCCAGCAGCGCGUCGACGAGCUUCUGCAGCAAAACGCCCAGCUGCGGCGCGAGAACAAAUUGUUGCGCUUUCAGAGGCACGGGGGCAGUCCCAUGUCGAGCGUAGACAGCGAGAGCGAUAGCGACAGCUCCAGCAGCGGCAGCUUGUGCAGCUGCAACCAUAAGACGAGCCCUGGGUCCUCGCCCGUACCGCCCUCCUACAACUCGCGACGCGAGAAGCUCACCGUCGGUCGCAGAGCCGAGAACCUCGUCACCAGAGUCGGCUUUAGCAGCGACAGCUCCUGUACCGAGGUUAACGCGAAGGUCGCGGCGGCCGCGGCUGCCGUCGGUAUGCCUACGGACGACGGGCACGAGUAAUCCGACAUCUAAACGUACUCUACUUUUUUUUCGGCACAGAGGACCAGUAAAAGCGAGAGAAGAGCAUACGGAGUCGUCACCGGGAGUAGUAUAUGCGAGUCGAAUGUCGUCGA